AGCAGCUUGCCUCGUCUAGCUCUAUCUACCUACGUACGCUGCCACUCUUUCCCAACCACUUACUUAGCUAGCUAGCAGCCAUGGCCGCCCUCUCCUCUGCAGCGGUGUCCGUCCCUUCCUUCGCCGCCAAGGCUGCCACCCCCAUGCGCAGCAGCAGGAUGGUGGUGCGCGCCUCCCUGGGCAAGAAGGCGGCGAGCGCCGCGGUCGCCGUGGCGGCCAGCGCGAUGCUGCUGGGCGGGUCGGCGAUGGCGCAGGACGUGCUCCUGGGCGCCAACGGCGGCGUGCUGGUGUUCGAGCCCAACGAAUUCAGCGUCAAGUCCGGCGAGACCAUCACCUUCAAGAACAACGCCGGGUUCCCGCACAACGUGGUGUUCGACGAGGACGCCGUGCCGUCCGGCGUGGACGUCUCCAAGAUCUCCCAGGAGGAGUACCUCAACGCCCCAGGCGAGACCUUCUCAGUCACGCUCACCGUCCCCGGCACCUACGGCUUCUACUGCGAGCCGCACGCCGGGGCCGGCAUGGUCGGAAAGGUCACCGUCAACUAAGCUAUCUUCUAGUAGCUCCCUGUCCUGUCCUUGAGAAUUUGGGUCCAUUGUUGAUCGGUCAGACCGGAGGUGUGUCAUGCAUGCAUAUUGAUUAAUUGUACGAACGUACGCUAUAUGUAUAUGUUUUCUAUAAGAUGAGAUGAGGCUCUUGAUGAUAA